GUUGCACAUAGGUAAAGGCGUGCAGCUGGAGUGCCGUGGGGAGGGCGAUGUGUGGAUGCGCUGCAUGAGCGACCACGCUGUGUUCGUACAGAGCUACUACCUGGACAGAGAGGCCGGCCGGGCCCCAGGGGACGCUGUGCACAAGAUCUACCCCGGGGCCUACAUCAAGGUGUUUGACCUGCGGCAGUGCCACAGACAGAUGCAGCAGCAGGCAGCGACUGCGCAGGCUGCAGCGGCUGCGCAGGCUGCUGCUGUGGCAGGAAACAUCCCCGGGCCAGGCAGCGUUGGAGGCAUCGCACCUGCAGUUAGUCUGUCUGCAGCCGCGGGGAUCGGGGUGGACGACCUGAGGCGUCUGUGUAUCCUGCGGCUCAGCUUCGUAAAGGGUUGGGGGCCCGACUACCCCCGGCAGAGCAUCAAACACACCCCCUGCUGGGUGGAGGUCCACCUGCACCGCGCUCUGCAGCUGCUGGACGAGGUGCUGCACACUAUGCCAUUGGCAGACCCAGGGCCUGCUAACUGAGGACCAACAUGUUCAAUCUGAACUGUAUGAAUGUGCACACACACUCACACACAUACACACAC